AUGUCGAAAAUCACAGUCGCCGGAGUGCGCCAAAAUGUCCAACAACUCCUCGAUUUCUCCCUGAACGAGAAAAAGAGAAAUUUCCUCGAGACCGUCGAGCUCCAGAUCGGCCUGAAGAACUAUGAUCCCCAGCGUGACAAGCGUUUCUCCGGCACCAUCAAGCUGCCUGCCAUUCCCCGCCCGGGAAUGAGCAUCUGUGUUCUCGGCGACCAGCAUGAUAUCGAUCGUGCCAAGCACCUCGGCGUCGACUCCAUGUCCACGGAGGACUUGAAGAAGCUGAACAAGAACAAAAAGCUCAUUAAGAAGCUGGCCCGCAAGUACGAUGCCUUCAUCGCCUCCGACAGCAUCAUCAAGAUGGUUCCUCGCCUUUUGGGACCUGGUCUCUCCAAGGCCGGUAAAUUUCCCACCCCAGUCUCCCACGCCGAAGAUCUCGGCAACAAGAUCAAUGAUGUGAAGUCCACCAUCAAGUUCCAGCUGAAGAAGGUUCUGUGUCUUGGUGUUGCCGUUGGAAACGUCGGAAUGACCGAGGAUGAGCUGAUCUCCAACAUCAUGUUGGCCAUCAACUACCUCGUCAGUUUGUUGAAGAAGGGAUGGCAGAACGUUGGCAGCUUGACGAUCAAGGCCUCCAUGUCUCCCCCCAAGAGAUUGUAUUAA